AUGGUCAAGUUCCAGCUGAACCUCAACAGCCAGACAGCCCUGGCCGCGGCCGUGGGGGAGCAUUAUCGGCCGGGAAUAGUAGCUGCAGUCACCAUGGUUGACAAUAGCUCUGUGGAGCAUCGAUUACUGGUAUCACAACCAGUCAGUUCACCUAUCUCAAUGAUGGGUCAAGGAACGAGGUAUUACUGGGCUGUAGACGCAGAUAGCAGGCAAGUGGUAUUUCUCAAGGAUACAUGGCGCUGGAAUGGCAAACGUCAAAUGGAGGGUGAGAUUUUGGCAGACCUGCAUGCGGCUGGGGUACCCAAUAUCCCUCAGUUGAUGUACCACGGAGACGUCCGAGAGCCGCGAACUCAGACGAAUGAGAUAACUCAACCGGAUAAUGACGAUUUCGAAGCCUGUUGGGCUCUUCAGUACACGCAAACCGACCUAUUCUGUCAGGCCCACUGGGUAAGCAAGACUGUGAGCCCCUUUCGCCCUCUCGUGCACUACCGAUUAGUUUUUGGGACCGUCGGAUAUGGGCUGGAGCAGUUCAGAGGAGCACGGGAACUACUUCACGGGACGUAUGAUGUGUACCAAGCUAUGUUAGGUGCUUUCGGUAUCGAAGACCCAGCAAAGCGUAGACUACAUUGCGACAUUAGUCUCAGUAGCAUCAUCCGUCCAGGGAUCCCAACUCAACAGGCAUAG